UGUAAGGAUUGCCGGCUUGAAGUCCCCCUUAGUUGGCUCCACUACUGAUGACGUCGCUCAAAGUUGUGUAGUAGUUACGUGUCUCACCUGCAGGAUAACACCGGAAGAAGGAGCAACGUGUGAAAGUUUCUGCACUCUAGAAACUUCUGCAGUAGCUCCUGCAGCGAUGCACUCCCAAAUCAAACAAAUCCUCCGCCUGAACCCCUGCUCCUCUCUUCAGAACAGGAGGGCACUCGGGAGGAAACUGUGGACUGUCUCAGCUGCACAACAACAAGGCUUACGAGCAGCAGGAUCACAUUCAUGUGCAGAUUUGAAGAAGUAUUUCGCCCUGCAGUGUUGUAGGAACUAUGCAUCCGACUCAGCGUAUAACAGAGCCUUCGCCUCAGCGAGGGACAACCCCGAGACUUUCUGGAGUGAGAUGGGACAGGAUAUUAACUGGUUUGAACCAUGGAGUAAAACUUUGCAUGUUGAGGAUCCAGUCUUUCCAAACUGGUUUGUUGGAGGUAAGCUGAACAUGUGCUACAACACUGUGGAUCGACAUGUAGAGAGCGGCCGUGGUGAGCAACCUGCCGUCAUUUAUGACAGCCCAGUGACUGGAACAAAGCAAAUCAUCACUUUCAGAGAACUACAGGACCAGGUGUCCAGGCUAGCAGGAGUCUUAGUGAAGAACGGAGUGCAGAAAGGCGAUCUGGUUGUCAUCUAUAUGCCAAUGGUGCCACAGGCCAUGUUCACCAUGCUGGCCUGUGCACGGAUCGGUGCCACACACAGCCUCAUCUUUGGCGGCUUUGCCUCCAAAGAGCUCUCUGUCCGCAUCAAUCAUGCCAAGCCCAAGCUGAUGGUUACAGCCUCGUUUGGCAUCGAGCCAGGCAGAAAAGUGGAGUACAUCCCUCUGGUGGAGAAGGCCUUGGAGCUGAGCUCUCACAGGCCCUCAAAAGUCCUCAUCUACAACAGGCCUAACAUGGAGAAAGUAUCCUUGAGUCCAGGUUUAAGUCUUGACUGGGAUGAAGAAAUGGCAACAGCUCAACCUCACGACUGUGUCCCUGUUCCCUCCAACCACCCUCUCUAUGUCCUCUACACAUCUGGAACCACUGGAACGCCAAAGGGUGUUGUGCGAGACACUGCGGGCUACGCCGUGAUGCUGAAAUGGACCAUGUCAAAUAUUUAUGGACUCAGCCCUGGAGAUGUUUGGUGGGCAGCGUCAGACCUUGGCUGGGUGGUCGGCCAUUCUUACAUCUGCUACGGUCCUCUACUUCAUGGUAACAGCACGAUUCUCUAUGAGGGUAAGCCUGUUGGGACUCCAGAUGCUGGGGCCUUCUUCCGUGUCAUGUCUGAGAAUGGUGCCUCAUCCAUGUUUACAGCGCCAACUGCCAUCCGAGCCAUCCGCCAGCAGGACCCUCACGCUGCGAUCGGGAAAAAAUACCCUCUGUCCAGGUUGCGCUCAAUGUUCCUGGCAGGUGAGCGGUGUGAUGUGGAGACUUUGGAGUGGGCAAAGAAGAGCUUUGGGGUUCCUGUCCUGGAUCAUUGGUGGCAAACUGAAACCGGCUCAGCCAUCACCUCCUCAUGCAUCGGUCUGGGAAACUCUCUUACGCCACCUGCUGGUCAGGCUGGAAAACCUGUUCCAGGAUACAAUGUCACCGUGAUUGAUGAUGACAUGCAGGAGGUGAAGCCAAGAACCCUGGGAAAUAUUGUUGUCAGGCUGCCUCUCCCACCUGGUGCAGCGCUGUCACUGUGGCAGAACCACAAACUGUUCAAAGAGCUCUACUUCGCCAAGUUUCCUGGUUACUAUGACACCAUGGAUGCAGGUUUUGUGGAUGAAGAGGGUUUCCUUUACAUCAUGUCGCGGUCUGAUGAUGUCAUCAAUGUGGCCGGACACAGGCUGUCUGCUGGAGCACUGGAGGAGUCGGUGCUGCUGCACCCUGCGGUGGGGGACUGUGCUGUUGUGGGUUUUGAGGACGAUCUAAAGGGUGUCGUCCCCUUGGCUUUGUGCGUACUCAAGAAAGAUGUGCAGAAAAAGGAAGAGGAGAUCAUAAACGAGAUGGUGAAGCUUGUCAGAGACACCAUCGGGCCCGUAGCUGCCUUUAGGAAAGUACUUUUCGUGCGAGGAUUGCCAAAGACGCGCUCCGGAAAGAUCCCUCGCUCAUCUUUAGCCAACCUGGUUAAUGGAAAGCCUUACAAGAUCACUCCAACCAUCGAGGACCCAGAGGUGUUCAAAGACAUCGAGAAGCAGGUACAAAAAGCUCUGAGACCCCAAAGAGCCUGAAGCCACCUGCUGGAUAAACUGUGGCAUCAGAAGCAGCUUUUUUCAGCAGAGAGAUCUGCAAAUAUGAACUCAAAGAAGACAAGGACUCUUUUACAUCUGUUUUUAUGAACUGCGGCAUUAUACAGGGGCAAUAUUUGAUUUAGAUGGUGAAAUUAAUCCUCUGGUAUCACUUCAAUAUGCUAACAUUAUGUUCUGUAAUCCAAGGCUGUGAUUUAGUUUAGUUUCUGUUUGAGGAAGAGGACAUUUUGUCCUUAAUGGCCUGAACAUGUAGUAAAGUUGUACACAACUUAUUAUAGGCCUGUUUAUCCAUCCAUGGAUUGAUCCCUUUAUUGAUUGAUAAAUCCAUCCAGCCAAAAUCUGGGGCUGAGCCAUGGUGACACAAGGCUAAGUAAGUUGACGUGGACAUUCCCUAACCCAGCAACAUUUUUAACUUCUUCUGAGGGAUUCUUCGAUGCACCUAGGCCUGAUGGGAUGUUUAAUUUGUCCAGCAAGUUCCGGGCCUAACUUGACUUAAAUGUGGCCAAAAAUAAAAAAGGCAUUUUAUUUUGGAUGCAAGAUAUUAUCAGCAUCAUAUUGAUAAGGGCAGAUAUUAAAAUUUCUGCCGAUAUUUACAUCCGAUAUUUUGGCUGUGAAUAUCAGCAUAUAUGGACUGUAGAUUUUGGCCAUAUAUGCUAUGAAAUUAGUUGAGUUUAAGGCUAGAAAAACAGACUUAUGUAAGUCAAGAUAUUUUUCUUUAUCUGUCCUGAUUCUCGAAACUUCAAAUUAUAUUUUAAGGACUUAAGUUUUCUUUGAUCUUCCUCAAACCUUACAGUGUCUUAGAAAGGACUGAAGUUUAACGUCUGAAAAACAUAUUUAAAUAUCAGUAUCGAUAUCACUAUUGGCUUGAAUAAUCUGCAAAUAUUCACGUAUCGGAUACUGGCAAAAAUCCAAUAUCGUGCAUCCCUAGUUUUGAUCUAAGAGCCUAGACUAUAUUCAAUAUAUCUGCCAGAAUAAUAGCUGACGUAACCCUAUCUUACUACCAUAAUUUGCCUGUCCAUCUGUCUGUAUUGAUAUGCAGGCCACACUGUUGCUCCAAUUGUACUUGAUAUCUCUGAGGAGACUUCCUGGGUGAACUGGUUCGAAACUAGUGCCAUGAAAUAAUCAUAAAUAUCUAAACAUUUUCCAUAAAAUCCCAAAAUGUUGCACCAAGUCAUCAUUCAGGGACUUUUGCUGUGUUCCAUUUAUGUUGGAAGUCAAAUGUUGAAGCUAAGAACAUUUGCUUUGAGCUUGUUUGAGAAAUUGAAAUCAGUAUUUCAAAAUUUAUCAAGAAAUUACCUUUUUACAGGCAAUCAUGUCAUUUGUAGUAACACAGCCAAAUUUGGACGAAAGCAACCCUAAUGAUACCAGAGGGUUAUCAGACAGUUUCGAUGUUAAACAAUGUGAAACAGAACUUUUCUGCAGGAUUUGCACUCAGAAUAAAUGAAGAGAUCUGCUCACUGA